AUGCGCACAAUUCCACCCUCCUCGGGGACAAAUACUUCGACUUUCCGCCCCUCGAUCCCUCUCCGCCCCCAAGCUCGUGUCCGCCCCCCCAACCCGCCAUUCAGGAUGCGGCCAUCCCUUUUGCCGCCCCUUGUGAUUCCGCAGCGCUUCUCUGCUGCGCCUAUCCUGCUAGCCAGCCACGACCAGCAGCAAGUCGUUGACCAACGCAUCUCGCAGUACCGAUCUUCCUUCCCGCGAUCCCAGGCGGAAGCCAAGCCAGAACCGCCGCUGCCGCCGCCCCCGCCGCCGCCAGUAGCAGCACUCCCGCUCGACGACCUCGACAACGUCGACCUCUUCAAUUUCUACCACCCCUGCCUGCUGCCCCCGACGCCCAUCCAGCCCAGGCAGGCAAGCCAUGCCUUCGUGAAUCGCGACCCGGCCGAACUGCCCGCCGACGCCGUGGUUCCCGCCUCGCGUCUGCCCCGCGGCCUGAGCAGGUACAAGUACACUGCGAGCAGGAGGGGCCGAGGCAGCUUCCGUCGUCGCAACCUCGACGGCCUCACGCGACCACAGCGUCCGCCGCUCUCACCCCUAGCGUCGUCACCGUCACCGCAACCGCGGCGGGUGAGUCUUCCAAAGUGGGAAGGAUGCGAGAGCGGCGACGCCAUGCCCACGCCGGGGGCAGGGGAAGACGAUGCCGCGGGGGAAGACAACGUCUUAGUCGGAUCCGUUAAUAGGGCAUGUGAUGCGCCAAGCCUCGACUACUGUGAUGACUCCGGCUCCGAGUACGGCGACUAUUCGGUGGGAGAGUGUGGAUCCCCGAACUGGGAGAGCGAGGAAGAGCGGGUGGCCCUGCGGGAGCUGUGGGACGUCAUCGACGACCUCCUCCCCGGUGGCAAUGUGUUGGAUCAUGCCGACAUCCAGGAGCUGGUCAACGCCGGGGAGACAGGAAGCGAUGCAGGCGGAUGGAACGACGUGGCGAGACGGAGUGACGACGGGAGCGUUGACAGCGGGUAUGGAGCAGCACCACAGGAUACCGCGUGGUGGCGGGACUUCAGGCAGAGGUUGCUGCUGUCGCAGGGUGACACGCUUCUGUCUACACUUGAGGCCUGA